GUGGAACCCUGGUCCCUCCUCCACAAUGUGGCUUCUCCUCACUCUCUCCUUCCUGCUGGCAUCCUCAGCAGCCCAGGAUGGUGACAAGUUGCUGGAAGGUGACGAGUGUACACCCCACUCCCAGCCAUGGCAAGUGGCCCUCUACGAGCGUGGACGCUUUAACUGUGGCGCUUCCCUCAUCUCCCCACACUGGGUGCUGUCUGCGGCCCACUGCCAAACCCGCUUCAUGAGAGUGCGCCUGGGGGAGCACAACCUGCGCAAGCGCGAUGGCCCAGAGCAACUACGGACCGCGUCUCGGGUCAUCCCACACCCGCGCUACGAAGCGCGCAGCCACCGCCACGACAUCAUGUUGCUGCGUCUAGUCCAGCCCGCACGCCUGACCCCCCAGGUGCGCCCCGUGGUGCUACCCACGCGUUGCCCCCACCCGGGGGAGGCCUGUGUGGUGUCUGGCUGGGGCCUGGUGUCCCACAUCGAGCCUGGGACCACCCGGAGCCCCCAGUCACAAGUGAGUCUCCCAGAUACGUUGCAUUGUGCCAACAUCAGCAUUAUCUCGGACACGUCUUGUGACAAGAGCUACCCAGGGCGCCUGACGAACACCAUGGUGUGUGCAGGCGCGGAGGGCAGAGGCGCAGAAUCCUGUGAGGGUGACUCCGGGGGACCCCUGGUCUGUGGGGGCGUCCUGCAGGGCAUUGUGUCCUGGGGUGAUGUCCCUUGUGACAACACCACCAAGCCUGGUGUCUAUACCAAAGUCUGCCACUACUUGAAAUGGAUCAGGGAAACCAUGAAGAGGAACUGACUAUUCUGGCCUAUUACCUGUGCCCCUGACUGAGCAGAGGCCUCCACAGCUGGCCAGCAGCCCCACCUGACAUGGAACAGAAUGGAGCCGUCCCCCAAGACCCUGUCCAAGGCCCAGAUGUUAGCCAAGGAUUGUCCCACCUGAGGACAAAGCUGGCGCUCAAGGUCACCUGUUUAACGCCAAGAUAACAAAGCACUGUGAUCCAAGCUUCUCUGUAGGAAUUUCUGUGACUUUUUUCUGGGGUCAAAGGGAAACCCAGAGACACUGUACACUGUUCCUUUUCACCUACCACCCCGAUCCCUAGGUGAGGAGAAGCGGCUUGAAGCAGGGCUCCAUUCAUUCAACACACAUGACCACCCGUGUGAUCUUGAACAAGAGGCCCAAUCUCCCUUGGCCUUGGUUUCCCCAUCUGUAAAAUGAGACCAUCUUAUUGCUGACUUCAAAGGGCUAUUUUGAGGAUUAAAUGAGAUGAUUUGUCUGAACUGAUUAAAAUAGUGUCUGGCACUGA